AUUCCAGGUUUUGUAGAACAUUUGGGGUUAUUCCCAUUAUGAGUGAAGAGUAUUAUUUACAGCUAUGUGAAAACCCUGUCCAGUUCGAAAAUGCAUCAAGUGUCAACAAUGUGUUUUUCGACGAGGCUAAUAAACAGGUGUUUGCUGUGCGAUCUGGUGGUGCCACUGGAGUUGUUGUCAAGGGGCCAGAUGACAAAAACUCAAUUGCUUUCAGGAUGGAUGACAAAGGUGAGGUAAAGUGCAUAAAAUUUUCGUUGGGAAACAAAAUCCUAGCUAUUCAGCGGACUCUUAAAACAGUGGAAUUCAUUAACUUCAUUCCUGAUUUUCCUCAUAUGGAAUUUUCCCAUGAAUGCAAGACCAAGAAUUCUAGUCUGCUGGGCUUCUGUUGGACUAGCUGGAAUGAAAUUGUUUUGAUCACUGACCAAGGGAUAGAAUUUUAUCAGGUGCUGCCUGAAAAGCGGACUCUGAAAUUGUUGAAAAGCCAGAGCAUUAAUGUUAACUGGUAUAUAUAUUGCUCAGAGGCUGCAGUUCUUCUGCUUUCCACCACUGUACAAGGCAAUGUUCUACAGCCCUUUGCUUUCAAAAAUGGAACAAUGUCAAAAAUGCCGAAAUUUGAGAUAGAGCUACCCAUAGUUUCUAAACCAGCCAAACUUUCUGAAAGGGAUAUUGCAGUUGCCACCAUCUAUGGCCAGUUAUAUGUCAUGUACCUUAAGCAUCACUCUAGAACUACCAACAGCUCUGAAGUGGUUCUAUAUCACUUACCAAGAGAUGGGUCUUGCAAGAAAGCACAUGUGCUUAAACUCAACACUACAGGCAAGUUUGCUCUAAAUGUUGUGGAUAAUCUAGUUGUGGUGCACCAUCAACGCUCACAGACAUCUAUUGUCUUUGACAUCAAGCUAAGGGAGCUAGACUGUGCUAUGAAUGUUCAUCAGCCUGUGCUUCCUGCACAGUCCAUCCAGCCCUACAAGAUUGAGUUCACAGGAUCUAUGGCUGCCCCCAGCAAGGCCUCAGUGCCUUCUGAGCUCUACUCAUCAACUUGGAGUGUUUUUCAACCUGAUAUUAUCAUCAGUGCCAGUGAAGGAUAUUUGUGGUAUCUUCAAGUAAAGCUUCAGCCAACAGUACAGCUUCUUCGAGACAAAGGCAAACUGCUGGACUUCUUACUCAACAGAAGUGAUUGCAAAAUGGUCAUUCUGUCUGUAUGCUCACAAAUGCUAAUAGGUAAGGAGAAAGAACACUUGCCUGUUGUGGCCACUGUAUUUGAUAAGCUAAAUCAAGUGUACAAGGAGUACCUGGAGGCAGAGCAUACAUACACCAUGGCUAUGGAAUCAGUGUCCAGUCGUUUUAGCAACUCGUAUACCAGACCUGUUCGAAUGCAGGCAGUCAUCGAUCAGUCAGACAUGUACACUCAUGUCUUCUCUGCAAUUACUGAGAAAAAGGAUAUGUCUCACAAGUUCAUCAUUGGUGUUAUCAUUGAAUACAUUCGCUCACUCAACCAAUUUCAAAUCACAGUUCAGCACUACCUCUAUGAGCUGGUUAUUAAAACUCUGGUCCAGCACAAUCUAUUCUACAUGCUUCACCAGUUUCUUCAGUAUCAUGUGCUCAGUGACUCCAAACCACUAGCCUGCCUGCUGCUAUCCCUGGAAAGCACAUAUCCUCCUGCUCACCAGCUCUCUCUUGAUAUGCUUAAGAGGCUCUCCACAGCUAGUGAUGAGAUUGUGGAGGUACUUCUAUCAAAACAGCAAGUACUUGGAGCUCUACGUUUUGUUCGAAGUGUUGGUGGUCAUGACAAUGUGUCAGCUCGUAAAUUCCUUGACGCUGCACAUCAGACUAAUGAUACUAUGCUCUUCUACACAAUCUUUCGUUACUUUGAGCAAAGAAAUCUCCGAUUACGUGGCAGUCCUGCUUUUAACCCAGGUGAACACUGUGAAGAACAUGUUGCUUACUUUAAAGAAGUGUUUGGGAAACAAUCACUGAUGAAGCUUGUUACUAUCUGAAGGAAAAUCGAAAGAUAGGCUUGGCAAGGUCCAGAGACAAUACAAAUUGGCAUGCUGCUUAUAUAGGAUGUGUUUGUCAUAUUUCAGAACUGAAUCUGUUCAAAUUUUCAACAUGAUUUGGGUAAGGCAGGGAGCAAGUAAGUAAGUGGACUUGUAUUGCACUUAAUGCUGUUGCUGACAUUGACACACAUUGUUUCAUUCUUUAAUUUAUUUAUGUUUACUAACCAGUUUUUACUAAUUAGCUUUUUUGAAGAUAUAUAUGUAAAUGUAUUAACAUUCAUGUAACUGCCACUAAAAAUGCUUUCUACUGUAAAUGUGGGUGUCGCUGCAUAUAUUUGUUUUUCUGUAGAAAGUUAAUUGAUACUAAUCAGUUAUUUUAGUUUUUGUAUGUUUAAAGGAUCAUGUUUUGUUAUUUUAAUAGUGUAAAAUUCUAUAUACACCAUGUUACAAAUUAUUAUGCAUGUGCGAUUUUUGUUUGUUUUUCCUAAACAUUUGGUAUGUGCAAAGAUUUUGUUUUAUCCUUAACAGUAAUAUUACAGUGUGGAUGUUAUUACAAGUGGAAGUACUGAUAAUGGCAAUGGCUGCAUUUAUUUUUUUAAAAGAAUGCAAAAUAUGUUGAUUUAAAUUAUUAUGCAGAAUUCAGUUUUUAAAAAUAUUUAAUGGUUAUAAUGACAUUCAUAUUUCCAACAGAAAUCUGUUAUUUGCUGCAUACACAGAUAGUUUUACAAAAAAUAAACACAACUUAAAUCAAAAAGUUUAUAUUUCAAUAUCAAGUUACAUACUGAUAUGUGAGCCCUUCUUUGAGAUGACUUUAACAACUCUCUUAUCCAUUACACUUGUAAGUCCAUUUAUAGUUUCUGCUUGUAUUUCAUUUGAGGAUGCCAGUAUUGCCUCCCACAGCUGCUGUUUUGAGGUAUACUGACGAUCACUCUAAUACAUCUUCCUUUUAAGGAUACUUCACAGAUUAACAAUAGGACUGAGUACAGGAAAUGAUGGUGGCCAAAUCAUGAUUUUGUCUCCUUUUAGGCCCAUACCAACUAAGGAGUCAAAGGUGUUUUUUGCAGCAUGGGAUGGUACAUUGUCUUGCAUAAAUAUGAUUUAAUUUCAGAAGGUAUUAUUCUUACUUUUAUACUAUGGCAAAAAAAAUGCUCAGUUAGAAACUCCACAUCGUUUAGAGGUCAUUUUAACACCCUCAGGGACUCUAAUGGGCCCUACCAUUUCACUUCCCAAUAUUCCGGCCCAAAUCAUCACCCCACCACCUCCUUGCUCAUGUUGAAGUCUUGUAGAAACAGGGUGGCCGUUUACCAGCCAUUCAGAACUCCAUCCAUCAGGACCAUCCAGUGUAGCAUGGUAUUCAUCAGUGAAUAAAACUGUUAGAAAAUCUUA